CCAAUCAAAAAAAAAAACCUCUCAUCUUAAGUCAUAAACCCUAGGCGGUUGUUUCUAAAUCAAAGAUCUUCUACUACUACUAGUCUCAUAUUUUGGAAAUCUCUCUAUAGCAUUGGCAUUAGGAUGAGGAGUCUAAUAUCAAGCGCGAGACUGGUGGGCAGGGCGACAUGGUGUCAACAGGUGCAGCAGCAGCAGCAGCCAAUGAUGCGCAGCUACAGCCUGAUACCGAUGGUGAUAGAGCACUCGUCGCGAGGCGAACGCGCCUACGACAUCUUCUCCCGUCUCCUCAAGGAACGAAUUGUCUGCAUCAACGGACCCAUCUCCGACGACACUGCCCACGUUGUCGUCGCCCAGCUCCUAUUCCUCGAGUCUGAAAACCCCUCCAAACCCAUCCACAUGUACCUCAACUCCCCCGGCGGCGCCGUCACCGCAGGUCUUGCAAUUUAUGAUACAAUGCAAUACAUCCGGUCUCCAAUCAAUACAAUUUGUUUGGGGCAAGCUGCUUCGAUGGCUUCUCUCCUCUUAGCUGCAGGAGCCAAGGGUGAGAGGCGGGCACUUCCCAAUGCCACAAUUAUGAUUCAUCAGCCUUCCGGUGGAUACAGUGGGCAGGCCAAGGAUCUCACAAUUCACACGAAGCAGAUUGUUCGGGUUUGGGAUUCUCUGAAUGCACUGUAUGUGAAGCACACAGGGCAGUCAUUAGAGGUAAUUCAGACGAACAUGGACAGGGAUCAUUUCAUGACACCAGGUGAGGCCAAGGAGUUUGGGAUUAUCGAUGAGGUUAUUGAUCAAAGACCGAUGGCUUUGGUGACUGAUGCUAUUGGUGGUAAUGAAGGGAAGGACAAAGGUUCGGGUUAGAGUUAGAGUUACAAGAGGGUAAGAUUUUAGCAAGAACUCAUCUUUUUUUCUUUUUUGGGAAAAUUCUAAUUAAUCCUGCUAGAAUCUUUUGAUAGUUGUUAUCAUUUCUGGAUUCAACAUGAUUCUUGCCUUGUUUAUGAAGAGUUUUAGGUUUGUCUGCGUAAAUUAUGAUUAUUAUUUAUUUGGUUUCAGUUUAAGUUUAAUGAAUAAUGUCUUUUCAAAUGA